GUUGGGUGUCCUCUCGGGUGAGUUUGCCAAAGAAAGAGAGCGUGUGGAGAACAGGAGUGAGUUCCUCAAGCUCAAACGUCAGCAGCAGAUUGAGAGAGAGCUCAACGGAUAUCUGGAGUGGAUCUGCAAAGCAGAGGAAGUCAUACUCGCCGAGGACGAUGAUGGCACCGGAUCUCGUCGUAGGCCCACCAUAAAGAAAAACAAAGCUGACCUGUUAAAUCCAGAAGAGGGAGAGGACCACAUGGGAGACGCGGUUGGCUCGCCUUUUGCUCGUGGGAGCAUAAAGGGCGAUGGGACCGGAUUUAGCAAGAAAGAGCGACGUCUUCGCUUCAUCAUUCGAAAGAUUGUAAAGACUCAGGCGUUCUACUGGACUGUCCUCAGCCUGGUGGGACUCAACACACUGUGCGUGGCUGUAGUACACUACGAUCAGCCCGAGCUACUGUCGGACUUCCUCUAUUAUGCUGAGUUCAUUUUCCUAGGCCUCUUUAUGUCAGAGAUGCUGAUUAAGAUGUACGGACUGGGGACGCGCCCUUAUUUCCACUCCUCAUUCAACUGUUUCGACUGUGCAGUCAUCGUUGGCAGCAUAUUUGAGGUGGUCUGGGCCAUGGUGAAGCCGGGGGCGUCCUUUGGAAUCAGUGUGUUGCGAGCUCUCCGACUACUUAGGAUCUUCAAAGUCACCAAAUACUGGGCGUCUUUGCGUAAUCUAGUAGUGUCUCUUCUAAGCUCCAUGAAGUCCAUCAUCAGUUUACUUUUCCUUCUCUUCCUCUUCAUCGUGGUCUUUGCUCUUCUCGGGAUGCAGCUGUUCGGUGGACAGUUUAACUUUGAGCUAGGCACUCCUCCAACAAACUUCGAUACUUUCCCUGCUGCCAUAAUGACAGUGUUUCAGAUUCUAACCGGAGAGGAUUGGAACGUAGUGAUGUAUGACGGCAUUAAGUCUCAGGGAGGGGUGGACAAAGGAAUGGUCUUCUCCAUAUUCUUCAUUGUCCUUACACUCUUUGGCAACUACACACUACUGAAUGUGUUCUUGGCUAUCGCUGUGGACAACCUGGCCAAUGCUCAGGAACUAACUAAGGAUGAACAGGAGGAAGAGGAGGCCACAACACAAAAGAUUGCUCUCCAGAAAGCAAAAGAAGUGGCGGAAGUGAGCCCACUGUCUGCUGCAAACCUAUCUAUUGCUGCAGUUACAGUAAAAUCUGAACGUAUCGAUGCCACAGACAGUUUACUGGACUGUAAAGAGCAGCAGAAGAACUCAAAGGUUUCCAAGUCAGUGUGGGAGCAGCGCACAAGUGAGAUGCGCAGACAGAACCUGAUGACCAGCAGAGAGGCGCUUUACAAUGAACUUGAUGCAGAAGAUCACUGGAAGAUGAACUACCACAACCGUCCUGACAUGAAGACCCACUUGGACCGCCCACUAGUAGUUAAUCCUCAGGAGAACCGCAACAACAAUACCAACAAGCCCCGACCGGGUGAACCAAACCCCCAGGAGCUAAACCAGCAGCGGGGUGAAGAAUACCUGCAGCACCAGUCCCGAUACCACCACCAUCACAGUCAUCAUCAUCACCAACACCACCACCACCACUCCAGCCACCAAUCCCUACACCACCCAGAGCUGGGGGAGGCAGGCUGCGAUUGUGCCCAGAAAGGAGGCGAGGACAUGGAUUGCGCAGAGGAACACAGGCGACCCCGACACCACCAGCACAGAAGAAAGGACGAGGAUGGAGGGAGAAGACACAGAGAACACCACAGCAGAGGGGAGACAGGAGGAGAAGGGGAGGAGGGCCAAGAGAAGAGGCAGAGGAGGCAUCGCCAUGGAAACCAUGGGGAUGGAGAUGGAAGGAGAGAUAGAGAACGGAGUCGACAGCAUCGAGCUAGAAAUUUAUCAACAGCUCGUCCAAUUCAGCCAGGCCUUCCUCAUGCAGAGAGCCAGUACAGCGAGGAUCUGGACAACCUGCGAAAUAGCAGCAAGAUGGCCAUCCACGACCCUGACCCCGACUUUUAUGACCCCGACUGUGACCCAGAGCAGGCCAAUAACCUGCUGAACCUGCGUGGACCAGAUUUCCAUGACAGCAGUCUCAUUCUGACUGACUGCACCAAAACCCCCAGCAAACUUGACCACACUGCCAUAGAUAUGCCUCCGAUUUACCCCUCAUUCAACGCCAAGUUACAAGUGAACAAGAAUGCCAACACAGAGCCAGCUAAAGGAGGAGAGAAGAAAGAGGAGGAGGAAGACAAUGGUGGUGAUGAAGAUGGCCCCAAACCCAUUCCUCCGUUCAGUUCCUGUUUCAUCCUAUCCACAACCAACCCGUUUCGAAGAUGUUGUCAUUACAUCCUGACGCUACGUUAUUUCGAGAUGUGUAUUCUGUCAGUCAUCGCUAUGAGCAGCAUUGCUUUAGCUGCGGAAGAUCCGGUGUGGCCGGAAUCACCUCGAAACAAUGUAUUGCGUUACUUUGACUACGUCUUCACUGGUGUGUUCACCUUUGAGAUGCUCAUCAAGAUGGUGGUGUUAGGCUUGGUUUUGCAUGAGGGCUCAUAUUUUCGUGACUUGUGGAACUUUCUGGACUUUGUAGUGGUUAGUGGUGCCCUGGUAGCCUUUGCCUUCACGAGCCUCUCUCGGGGGAGCAGUAAGGGGAAAGACAUCAGUGUCAUCAAGUCUCUGAGGGUCCUAAGGGUGCUACGUCCACUCAAGACCAUCAAACGUCUUCCCAAACUAAAAGCGGUGUUUGACUGUGUAGUGAACUCUCUGAAGAACGUGUUGAACAUCCUCAUUGUCUACAUGCUGUUCAUGUUCAUCUUCGCUGUGGUGGCCGUGCAGCUUUUUAAGGGACGAUUCUUCUACUGCACUGACGAAUCCAAAGAGUUUGCCCGUGACUGCAGGGGCGAAUAUUUGGUGUAUGAGCGCAAUAACGAGGUAAAAUCGCAGGAGCGGAAGUGGAAGAAGUACGAUUUCCACUAUGACAACGUGCUUUGGGCCCUGCUUACUCUCUUUACUGUGUCCACCGGAGAGGGAUGGCCGCAGGUGUUGAAGCACUCUGUGGACUCCACUUAUGAGGACCAGGGCCCGAGCCCGGGGUACCGGAUGGAAAUGUCCAUCUUUUACGUGGUGUACUUCGUUGUCUUCCCCUUCUUCUUCGUAAACAUCUUUGUAGCUCUCAUCAUCAUAACUUUCCAGGAGCAAGGAGACAAGAUGAUGGAGGACUACAGCCUCGAAAAGAAUGAGAGAGCCUGUAUUGAUUUUGCUAUAAAUGCCAAACCUCUAACGCGCCACAUGCCUCAGAACAAGCAAAGCUUUCAGUACCGAAUGUGGCAAUUUGUGGUGUCACCUCCGUUUGAGUACAGUAUCAUGGCUCUCAUUGCGCUCAACACCAUUGUCCUUAUGAUGAAGUAUCAUGGGGCCCCUUCGACGUAUGAUGUAGUCCUGAAGAACCUGAAUAUAGUGUUCACCACACUCUUCUUCAUGGAGUGUGUUCUGAAAAUCAUUGCCUUUGGUCCCCGAAAUUAUUUCCGAGACGCUUGGAAUAUUUUUGAUUUUGUGUCUGUUAUCGGCAGCAUCACUGAUAUUUUGGUGACAGAGCUAUGGGAUAACUUCAUAAACCUGAGUUUUCUGAGACUCUUCCGAGCAGCACGUCUCAUUAAACUCUUGAGGCAGGGCGAGACCAUUCGCAUUCUGCUUUGGACCUUCGUUCAAUCAUUUAAGGCUCUGCCGUAUGUGUGCCUGCUCAUUGCAAUUCUGUUCUUCAUCUAUGCCAUCAUUGGCAUGCAGUUGUUUGGGAACUUGCGGCUGGAUGCAGAGGAAGGUAGUGCGAUCAAUGAACACAAUAACUUCAGAACCUUCAUCAUGGCCCUGAUGCUCCUCUUCAGGAGUGCCACAGGCGAGGCAUGGCAUGAGAUCAUGCUGGCAUGUCUCGGAGGAAUGGACUGUGAUGAAAACUCUGGGAACGAGGGGUCAGAGUGCGGCAGCAACUUUGCGUAUGCCUACUUUGUCUCUUUCAUCUUCCUCUGUUCUUUCCUGAUGCUGAAUCUCUUUGUCGCUGUCAUCAUGGAUAACUUUGAGUACCUGACCAGGGACUCCUCCAUUCUGGGUCCACAUCAUUUGGAUGAGUAUGUCAGGAUUUGGGCAGAGUAUGACCCAGCAGCCUGCGGGCGCAUUCAUUAUAAGGAUAUGUACAGUUUAUUGCGGGUUAUCGACCCCCCGCUGGGCUUAGGCAAGAAAUGUCCUCAUAGGGUGGCCUGCAAGAGACUGCUACGCAUGGACCUACCUGUUGCAGAUGACAACACGGUGCAUUUCAACUCCACUUUGAUGGCUUUGAUACGCACAGCUCUGGACAUCAAAAUCGCUAAGGGAGGCGCAGACAAACACCAGAUGGAUGCCGAGCUCCGUAAGGAAAUGAUGUCGAUUUGGCCAAAUCUCUCCCAGAAGAACCUGGAUCUGCUGGUAACACCACACAAGUCAGCAACAGACCUGACAGUGGGCAAGAUCUACGCCGCCAUGAUGAUCAUGGAGUACUACCGGCAGAGCAAGGCCAAAAAGCUGCAGGUGCUUCGUGAGGAGCAGAACCGAACGCCAUUAAUGUUUCAGCGCAUGGAGCCAUCCCCGAGCCAGGAAGGUGGACAGGGGCUGAACGGUCUCCCCGAGUUGCCGCAGGAACCUGUCAACAGCCUGCCUCCGGAGGGUGGAAUGAGUGAGAGCCAGUCGUGGGCGACGUCACGAGCCCAGGAAAAGCUCCAGAAGUCUGUUCCAGAAAACUGGAACCCUGACAGACCGUAUCCUGAUGACCAUCACGACAUCCGUCACAAUCCACAGACGGUAGAAAUGAGAGAGAUUGGGCCUGUUGGGGACGGUUACUCGGACACUGAGCCCUGUCACCCAAUGGAAGGGCAUGGGCGGACCAUCUCCAUGCCACGCCUCUCAGCAGACAACCAAAGUGUGCGUUCUGCUGCGCGACGGAGACACAGGCCGCGAGGAAGUAACCUCAGUACCAUCACAGACACAAGUCCAAUGCGCCGUUCUACAUCCUCACUGGUUCACGGACGUUCAGGACGAGGCGUGCGACUGGACGAUUACUCUCUGGAACGGGUGGUGUCUGAAGAGGGUCACCGACAUGGUCCACGAAGAAGAGAACGGGAGAGAGACCGCAGUCACCGCACCUCAGAGAGAUCACUCGCUCGCUAUACAGAUGCAGACACAGCAGGUCUGGGCACGGAUCUCAGCACCACUACACAAUCAGGUGACCUCCCACCUAAAGAGAGAGAACGAGAACGGGGUCGAGCGAAAGACCGUCGCCACCACCACCACCACCAUCAUCAUCAUCACCACCACAGCUCGGUGGAUAAGGAGCGGUACGGUCAUGAGCACGAUUACCACCGUCAUCCUCACGACAGAUCUGAUCGCCACUGGUCCCGCUCACCGAGUGAGGGGAGAGGGCAUAGACAGGGCAGUAGUUCCGUGAGCGGAAGCCCAGUUCCCUCGACGUCGGGGACCAGCACCCCCCGACGUGGCCGUCGGCAGUUGCCCCAGACACCGUCUACACCACGCCCUCAUGUCACCUACUCCCCUGCCGUCCGCAAGCCUCCGUACGGCUCCCCGGGCCAGGGUCGACUCCGUUCCCCUUCCCCGAGACACUUCUCUCCACCGGGUCACGAACCGCCCUACCAUCAUUCACCCUCCCGCCAUGCCUCGCCCCAUCACGGCUCACCCCAGCACGCCUCCCCACGCUCCCCCAGGCACGCAUCUCCCAGGUCCCCACGUCACAGCCGCUGGGGCCCGUUGCCUGAGAGUCUGGAGGGCGACGGACCUAUCUACGAUCGGGACUAUGAGUACGAGCGGCACCAUGAGCCGCCUGCCUACGAGCAGAGUCUAUCACAGGGCAACCCCCACCCUCAUUCACACCCGCAUCCCCGAUCGCCAAGGACUGCUCGUCAAGGGCCUCCCCUGCACCCACGCCGUAUGCCUAACGGCUACCGUUCCUCCUCGCCCUCCCCGCACCGGCGCGGCCCCCACCCAGGCCCACACCCGCCGCCCCAUGGCCGUGGGCCCCGGAAGGGGUUGCACGAACAGUAUAGCGAGACGGACGAGGAUGAUUGGUGUUAGUGCGCAGUGUGACCAGGAGGGGGCGCCACUCAACUUAAACCAAGAUGUUUAUGCACCGCAGCAGGGAGAGAGGGGGUGGAAGGGGAAACGCAAACAGGGCAAAUGCGCCAUUGUGAGACUCUGAGCCUUGGAGCAGCACAUACAGCUCCCCUACUCCCUCUCUCUCUAAAGCUUUCUCCUGCUCUCUGGACUACGUUUCCCAUGCUGCUCAGCACGCAAGGGAAUGGGAGCAUAUGAGCGAGAAAUGGGGUGGUUGCGUUUAGAUGGACUGAACUUUAAAGAUCAGCGUCAUUGUGUUUGAAUGCUCCACUCCAAACUAAGCAAGACCGAUUGCUUCUUGCCCGAUGGAAAAAAUGAGAAGCAACAUUCUCUGUCAAUCAAAAACAAAGAAAAAAAAUGAAUUUUGAAAAAGAAGCCAGAACCCAUUUUUCCCCCUCACAUCUAUGCCUCUUGAAAAGACCCAAAAAAUAAAAAGGGAAGAAAAAACAGACAUUGUUGAAGAAAAUGCAAGUGCUCUUGGGAAUGAGAGCUCUACCAACUGCAAAACCAGCCCCAUGUGCUGGCCGAUAUCGAUGAGUUUUAUCAUCUGCGUUUACUGUUACCAACUCAAGAUGCUGAGUGACUUCAUCACCUGGGGAGGGGUUAACCGUCAAAGAGGCGUGGCAUAUGAAAGGACCCAGUGCAGGCGAGAGGAGGUGGGUGGGCGUGGCACACCGAAACCCCACCCACAAACUGCCACUCGGUCCUGACAAGGAAAAGACCGUGGAAAAAGAAUGAAACGGCAAAUGAGGGAGGGACAGAAAGACUAUUUCCUCUUCAGAAUGUCUUCAAUUGAUUACUUCUUCUUUUUGAACAUUUGGAGCUUGGUUAUUUUGUUGCAUUUGCUCAGCUUUCUUUGAUAUUUUUGGACUAAAAUCUGAUGGAAACUUGCAUGAUUGAUUUAAAAAAAUAUAUAUAUAUAAAUAUAUAUAAAUAUAUAUAUCAGACAGAAGAUUUACUGUGGGAAGGGGGGUGAUAGCUCUCUUUUUUCCAUUCAGUUGGAAGUUCUUUCUCUCGUUUUCUCCCUGUUGCUCUUGCCAUGUCUACAGAUCUUUACGUGCAGAUGGAAUUUAUAGAUAGACGCUACAGCAGACCUUUCUAAAUAGCGAGACAGAUCUGAAGGUGUUUUCUGUUAUAUCCUUCUGAGGAUCCCAGAUGAUGUUCUGCACUGUUUAUUAUUACUUUGGAUUGCACUAAAAACGAGCCUGAAUGGUGAAACCUCCCUCAUUACGGCUCUGUCGGCCAUGGCUGCGAACAGAGAGAGAAACGGGGUGAGAGACGUUCUCCUUUCUGAGGGCUUCAUUUGCUAUUGUCAAUAACAAUAGUCUUAUAAUGAUGAAAACUAUCUUAAUGCAAUUGAUGAAGAUGACGGUGAUGCUGAUGAAGAUAGAGGUGGUCAUGUGACUUUGUUGUCUUGUUUUCGAGGGUUUUGUCUGUUGU